AUGCUAAGGUUUGGGGUUUUGCGUUGCUCUAAAUCAUUUGUUCUAAGGAGCCGAUUUAAGUCGCCGUCUUUAUCGUUAUUGCAAAGAUCAACUAUUCUAUCCUCAUCGAGUGUUCGUUUCAAUUCCACCACCACUACCAGCACUGACGCAGCAUCAGAAAUCAAGGAUAAAUUGGUUUCGUUUAGCGAUGAGGUCUCUAAUGCACAGUCUGCGGAAGUUACGACCCAUUUACACUCUGACCAACUUGGAUACUUACAAUCGAUUGGCUUAGGAGAAGGAUGGGGACCAACAAGUAUAGUUGAAAAUUUGCUUGAAGUUUGUCAUGUAUACACUGGAUUACCAUGGUGGGGCACUAUUGCAGCUGUGACUAUUGCUGUGAGAGUAGUUAUAUUCCCACUUUAUGUCAAGGCAAGUUCUAAUGCCACUAAGAUGUCCAAGAUUAAACCACAAUUGGAUGAAAUAAUGAGAGACUUGAAGGACGAAGCAAAUGAAUCUAUGCAAGACAAGAUGAGACUCAUGGAGAAAAGGAAAAGACUAAUGAAAGAAAACGACGUUUCAACAAUGGCUUCGUUUGCUCCUCUUGUUCAAGUACCUUUAGCUUACGGGUUUUUCCAAGCCUUGAGAAAAAUGGCCAAUUACCCAGUUGAGGGAUUCCAAGAUCAGGGUAUAUUAUGGUUUCCGGAUUUGAGUGCGGUUGAUCCGUAUUUGGGAUUACAGACGAUUGCCGCAUUAGCUGUGAUUAUUGUUGUGAGAAUGGGUGGUGAAACGGGACAACAUGCAAUGGCUAAAAGUAUGAAACAGGUGAUGACAGUGGUUCCAUUAGCAUCUAUUCUCAUUACAAAGGGUUUUUCGGUAGCUGUUGUAUUGUAUUUUGCAAUCAACUCGAUAUUGUCAUUAGUACAAAGCUUAAUGUUUAAAAACGCAACAAUGAGGCGUGUUUUGGGAAUGCCAAAGAAAUUCACGACUCACGAAUUAAAUGAUCAGGCUCGAUUGAGUAAAACAGACACUUCGAUCAAGGAUGUGUUUAGUAAUUUCCUUGAAGACUCAAAGAAGAAUACGCUUAAGAAGGCAAGAGAUAUGGAGAAGAAAAUGGAGAUUACUGCAAAGAGGAAAAAUAGUGAGUACGAUGGAUAUAUAAAGAAGAGGAGGUGA